CUACAAUUGAUUGGCGCCAAGGAGCAACAUGAAGAACAGCUGUUGGCAAACCUUGUCCGCCUGCUGAACCAAAAAAAGUUGAAGAUUCGCAACCAACAUAGGUUGUUGGAUACCAUCAAACCAGACCCCGAAACGGGUAAGAUUUAACUGUACUCCGUAUGAUGCUGGCGGUGAGCAACUCUCUGGCUGAUGUCGAUUUUAUGGCCUAUUUUAGGUCCCAUUACUGAGGCACCUCGGCUCCCUGAUCAUCAAGUCACCUUCCAGAAGGACCUACUCGGAGAAGGCCGUACUCGGGGCCCUAGCACCAGUGAAUUCCAACCAAACGUUGAAUCUCAAGAAGUGGAGAUUGAAUCGACUGCGUACGAGGAAAGCUCCGGUGAAAUGGAUGAAGGUACAGAAGGCAGUGUCACUGAUAAGGAGUCAUCGGUGCAAAAUUUAGUGGAGAAAUACCAGAGUGCGGAUUCGAAGAGGUUGUCUGCUCAUCCUGAAUUUAAGGCUUCAGCAACUCCGUCGCGGACUGACUUUCCAUCUACCAAGCUAAUGCAACCCAGAGAAAGUGCAGAAGGCAAUGAUAAAGCUCUACAAUCUGCAGGAGAGACGGAUGAUGAUGAAUUAUGAGCCGCAAGGUUCCCCCACUGUUGCUGAAUUGGCAAAAAGAUUGGUUGAUCGUCAUGUUCUUAGGGGAAAGAACUGCAAGUUCGGAGACUGACCUACCUUAUCUACCCAGAUUGCUCCCUCCCUUCGUGGCAAAUAUGUACAUACUGACCGGGGUUAACUGCUCAAAUGACCCUUAGAGGAGGCUGGAAAAAAUAAGAUAACUUUCUCAUACCCCUGGAACUGGUUUUAACUGAAUGUUAUGUACAGGUUUGGCCACUGAUCAUGUCUAAUAUUUUACCAGAGGGCGGUUAGAACACAGGGCAACGAGAUAGCAAAGACAAUAACUGGC